AUGAUAAAAUUAAAUCAAUUAUUUGCGGCAAAUCGAAUUCAUUGUUUCUCGACUCGACCCGAUCAAGAAUAUCUUUCAGAAGAAGAAUAUUCUUUAGUAUUGGAAUUCUUUUUGCAAAUGGAUUUUCAUCUCUUCUAUAUGAAGACAUGUUCUUAUCGAGGAGCACAACUGUCAAUUCUCGAUGAGAAAAGUUUAUUUUGUCUAAGUGAACCAGAAGCUCGAUAUGAUAUGAGCCGAUGUCAUCAAUUGUCUUGUUGUUUAUGUUAUCCAUCGUAUAAAUUGGCGUACCGUCAGCAACAACCCAUUAUCCAAUUUGGAUCCCAUCAGCAACAUACAUUUAUCAAUGGAUAUCGAUCUAUUCUCAAUUGUCCAGCAACAUGUACAACAAGAAAUAUUAUAUAUGUACUUACUUGUCCAUGCCAACAAGUGGAUUAUAUUGGUGAAACAAAUCACCAACAGCAUGGAAAUCGUAUCGUACAAGAAUUUCUUCUCGGCAAGAAAAAUACAGCUCAUAUUCGCAAUGAAUUGCCAUCAUUCGAAACACUUGUUAAAAAUGACAUGAAACUUUAUCAACAUUCAACUCAUUGUUCAUCGGCUAUACAAUGGUUUCUCGAUGAAAAUCCUCACUAUUGGCCUUUUAUUCCUCGAAAACUCACCGAAGCAGACGAGCAACGAGAAGAAAAGGAACUAGUAUACUACAUCGCGGAGCCGGAUAGUUUUACAUAUGCCAAUGAUGUACCCACACCACCAAAUGGUUAUCGAUUUAGUGAUGAACAGAAAAAUGCGAUUGAUCAAUUUUUUCGUGAAAAAAUCUAUUUAAACACACCUAAUCUUCAUCUCGAUUUGUAUCAAGCAGCUAUUGUUGCAAUAUUACCAGAAUAUGCCACAGCAGCUGUGAGACGAUUCGUCGAAGCCUUAUUUAUUACACAUACUGAAACCAAACUCAAUACUAUCGGUCAUUUAGAUCAAUUUGUUUCAACUCAUACUACAAAUCAAACCUCUGCUCCAAUGGAAUGUGAGGAAUGGUGUCGAAAUCUAGUGCGCCGAUAA